GAACUACAACUCCCAGGAUUAAAUGCCGGGUGAUGUCGUCAUAUUUGCGCGACUCUAAGUGCGCAAUCUAGACGCGAAGCGCUCUUUGUGAUUCUUUAUUUUAACUUUACAAAAUUAAAAAACAAGGACUUUCUUAUAGCGUUUUGACCUAAAAUUGGUUAUUUUUUUAUAAUAUUCAGAAAUGUAUUAGUUUUCUAGGUUAUGAAAGUGAAAGGAAGAUGUUUAUGCCUCGAUCGUUACAGGUCAAGAGAGUUUCUGAGAGUCAGGGAAGCUCUGAUGUGAAGAAAAUCAAAGGGGAGGACACUGUAUCUGAUGCUGUAGAUGUUGCAGAUGCUGCAGAUGUGCAAAAUGUGGAUGCCGGUAUGGAGGUAUCCGAAGAGGCACAGGAUGAGGAGGAACCUGUAAAGUCGUUCAAGAAAAGCCAGAGAUGGCCAAACCCUGGGGAACCGGUGUGCGUCAUGUGCGGCCGCUAUGGAGAGUACAUAUGCGAUAAGACUGACAAUGACGUGUGCAGUCUGGAGUGCAAGGCAAAACACCUGGCCAGGAUGUGCAUGGGACUCCGAGAAAAAGUCUUCCCCGGAAUGAAUCCAGAAAGCACAAGCAUCGCUCCAUCAUCAUCAUCAUCAUCACUGAAUACAGACGACCUUUCGAACAAUCCCAAAGAAGUCGGUUACUCCUACAGGGAGGACGCCUUCAUCCGAGAUCUGAAUGAAGACCAGGUGGAAAGGGUGAGGAAAGAACUCACAAUCGUUACACAAGGUCAGGACGUGCCCAGGCCCAUCAUUGAGUUCGAGCACUGCAACUUUCCUGAAUCGCUCAGGAUGAACCUCAAGAAGGCCGGUUACGAGGCCCCGACUCCGAUCCAAAUGCAGAUGGUUCCGGUAGGCUUGGCUGGGAGAGAUGUGAUCGCCACGGCCGACACCGGAUCCGGAAAAACCGUCGCCUUCCUGCUUCCAGUGGUGGCUCGGUGCUUGGAGGGGGAAGCAGGCGCUUCGGCGGCCCCCUUGACCGUGGUUCUGACCCCGACCCGGGAGCUGGCGAUCCAAAUCGAGACACAGGUGAAGGAGCUGAUCGUAGGGCUGCCCAACAUGAGGACUGCGCUGCUGGUCGGGGGGAUGCCUCUCCCCCCUCAGCUGCAUCGGCUCAAACAGAAAAUCAAGAUCGUGAUCGCCACCCCUGGACGUCUCCUGGAGAUUGUUAAGCAGAAGGCUGUCCAGCUCGACGGCGUAAAAAUCGUCGUCGUUGAUGAGGCCGACACCAUGCUGAAAAUGGGAUUCCAGCACCAAGUGUUAGAGAUUUUGGAGCACGUUCAUGACGAGCAUCAGACUUUGCUCACGUCCGCCACGCUACCCGAAGGAACGGAGCUGCUAACGUCCCGCCUGACCAGCGAUCCCGUGCGAAUUACAGUCGGCUGCAAGAAUCAGCCGUGCGCCAACGUUCGUCAGAUUGUCGUCUGGGUGGAGGAGCCUUCAAAGAAAAAGAAGCUCUUUGACAUCCUGAAUGACAGCAAGCUCUACCAGCCCCCUGUGGUGGUCUUCGUUGACUGUAAACUUGGAGCCGACCUUUUAUGCGAGGCCGUACACAAAGUGCUGGGUUUAAACACUGUAGCCAUUCACUCUGACAAGACACAAUGGGAGCGCAACCGUAUCCUCAAGGGUCUGCUCGAGGGCAAGUUUGAAGUGGUGAUCAGUACAGGCGUAUUGGGAAGAGGACUGGAUCUGGUCAACGUCAAGCUGGUGGUGAAUUUCGACAUGCCUGCUAACAUGGACGAGUAUGUUCAUCAGAUCGGUCGAGCAGGAAGACUCGGGCACCGAGGCACAGCGAUCACCUUCAUGAACAAUAACAACAAGCGCUUGUUCCUUGACAUCGUGGAAAGAGUAAAGCCGACCGGCUCGCAGCUUCCACCGCAACUCCUCAACUCCCCACAUCUACUGGAACAGCAGAAAAGAGCCAGGAAAAGACACAAAGGAGGCGGGGAUCAUGUCGUGACCAAGAGCAAUGUUAUGGACAUUAUUAAACGGCAUGACAGGAACCGUUAUAAGAAGUGACUUUGGGUUUUGAGAGAUGUUUAUAAUGUUGUUUUUUUUUUAAUAAAUACAUGUUGCAUUUG